GGUGUCGUGGCUGCCAGUGACGUCCUUCUGGAACACCGCGGAGAUGCAGAUCUUCGUGAAAACCCUAACGGGUAAAACCAUCACCCUUGAGGUGGAACCAUCGGAUACGAUUGAAAAUGUGAAGGCAAAGAUCCAAGAUAAAGAGGGAAUCCCUCCUGACCAACAGCGACUCAUCUUUGCUGGGAAGCAACUUGAAGAUGGACGUACUCUGUCAGAUUAUAAUAUCCAAAAAGAGUCCACACUUCACCUGGUACUGCGUCUACGUGGUGGUGUCAUUGAACCUUCAUUGAAGCUUUUGGCAGAAAAAUAUAACUGCAACAAGAUGAUCUGCCGCAAAUGCUAUGCACGUCUCCAUCCGAGAGCCACAAAUUGCCGCAAGAAGAAGUGUGGGCACACCUCUAAUAUUCGACCCAAGAAGAAGAUAAAGAGUUAAAUGAGGUGGAUAGAAUAUUCCUGAGGUAUGGAUAAUUGUGAUAAUUAUCUUCAAAUAAACCAUAUACAAUAA